AAUUUCUGCGUCGGUCGCACAUAAACACAAAACGAGAUGAUGGAGGACUUCUCUGGGUUGGCUCUGCCUCCUCUCUUUGGAGGACACAUUCUAGAGGCUGAGUUGGAGCCUGGUGUUGUAGAGCUGGGACCAGGAGAGGUGGAGCUUGACCCAGAUCCAGGCGGCAGCGAGCUGCUAGAGAGCACAGCUCAAGAAGACAAAGAGAGGAGAGCUCUCGACAAAAGGAAAUGUCUGGUGCUGAGCAGGAGGUGCAAGGAAAUUGAACAGGUAAAUCAAAAAAUCUUGGGUCGCCUUCACCAAGUGCAAAGAAUUACACGACGCUUGAAGAAAGAGCGACGGUUCCUCAUGAAAGCUUUAGAUGCCCAUGGAGAUGAUUAUAGAAAUUCCCAGCUCACCAUACUGCUUGAAGAAGAGCCUGGACUCCAUUUGGAUUCUGCUGCCGGAGUUGAGGAGGAAAGACUGAAUGGUUUGUCUGGUUCUUCUGCAACUCUCCAUCAUGCAGCCGGACCAAAGAAGAAGAGACACAGACUUUCCCGGCAAGAAAAGGACAAAGAUCAGCAGAUUGAACCUGAUGUGUCGGUGUUGGCAGAGACUCACUUUGGAGAAAUUCCCAGCCCAACAUCUCUGUCACACUGAAUGGUGGCCAGCAUAUUUUUUUUGAACUUUAAUUGGAUAAUGCAGCCUUUUCUUAGUCUGACUCUGCACUAUUUGUUGUUACCCUUGAAGAAACCAAACAGACUGGACUCUUGUAAGACAAUUAAUGUUUACUCAAUUCAGCCCAGAUUUUGUAUUUAUAAGGUUUGUAUAUAUGUAUUGGUAUGUUUUUUGACUUGUGUACAACAAGGCCUAAUUAUGACCAAUAUACAUUAUUGUGACCAGCUCAGUUUAAAGAGGAUACAACGAAAUGGAACAAUAGAAAUUAUCUCACUGCUUCCAUGAAUAUUACAAAUUUAUUUCAGUAGUAGUACUGAUUAAAAUAUAUAAUUUU